CGAGCAAAAUAAACAAAACCCAAAAUCUGACAUUUUCAAUGAAAGGCAUACUUGUUUACCCCACCACUAUCCCACAAAUACUCCAUAGUAUUUUACGGAGUAAUUCUUAUCCGCCUGAUAUCCCUGCAACCGCCCCUUGUUUUCUUCUUCUCCAAUCCAUGCUACGCACAUAUAUUCUGAAAUUUCCACGGCGGGUUUCUGAAGAAAAACGAAGAAAAAUAAGCGCGCAGAUCAUUUUCCGUCUGCUCUCUUAAUUAUUGCUGCUAUUAUUGCAGAGCGAUACAAUGGAUACUACGAUCGUUGCCGUCGAAGAUUCUAGGCCUGCGACCGGCGAGAUCGGAAGUCCUCCUUUCAACGGUGCAGUUACUGUUCACCCAUCCCCUGUCCCCUUCAGCUCGGCUGAGGCUACUCUAGGCCGCCAUCUCGCUCGCCGGCUUGUCCAGAUCGGCGUGGAGGACGUCUUCAGCGUCCCGGGAGACUUCAAUCUCACACUCCUUGACCAUCUCAUUGCAGAGCCGGGGCUCAAUCUGAUCGGUUGCUGCAACGAGCUCAACGCCGGGUACGCUGCCGACGGCUACGCCAGGGCGCGCGGUGUUGGAGCGUGCGUCGUCACUUUCACCGUCGGAGGACUUAGCGUCCUCAACGCCAUAGCCGGCGCUUACAGUGAAAAUCUCCCGCUGAUAUGUAUUGUCGGCGGCCCCAAUUCGAAUGACUACGGGACCAACCGGAUCCUCCACCACACCAUCGGCUUGCCUGAUUUUAGUCAGGAACUGCGUUGCUUUCAAACCGUCACUUGUUAUCAGGCUGUGGUGAACAAUCUGGAGGAUGCACAUGAGUUGAUCGAUACGGCAAUUUCAACGUCAUUGAAGGAGAGCAAGCCGGUUUACAUAAGUAUUGGCUGUAACUUGCCUGGAAUCCCGCAUCCUACCUUUAUUCGUGAACCAGUUCCAUUCUCACUCUCCCCCAAGUUGAGUAAUACGAUCGGUUUAGAGGCAGCAGUAGAGGCUGCUGCGGAGUUCUUGAACAAAGCCGUAAAGCCAGUGCUGGUUGGAGGGCCAAAAAUGCGCGUUGCAAAAGCUGGUAAUGCCUUUGUUGAGCUGGCUGAUUCUUGUGGCUAUGCCGUGGCAGUUAUGCCCGCUGCUAAGGGGCUGGUUCCUGAACACCAUUCCCAUUUCAUUGGAACCUAUUGGGGAGCAGUGAGCACGGCUUUCUGCGCUGAGAUUGUAGAAUCGGCUGAUGCUUACUUGUUUGUGGGACCAAUAUUUAAUGACUAUAGCUCGGUUGGCUAUUCCUUGCUCCUCAAAAAAGAGAAGGCAAUCAUUGUGCAACCCGAUCGCGUGGUCAUUGCCAAUGGUCCUGCAUUUGGCUGUGUUCUGAUGAAGGAUUUCCUCUGUUCACUUGCCAAGAGGCUUAAACGCAACACGACAGCUUACGAGAAUUACCAUAGAAUUUUCGUUCCGGAAGGGCAGCCCCUGAAAUGUGAGCCGAAGGAGGCACUUAGGGUCAAUAUUCUUUUCCAGCACAUCCAAAAAAUGCUGUCUGCAGAAACUGCUGUCAUUGCUGAGACAGGAGACUCAUGGUUCAACUGUCAGAAGCUGAAAUUACCCCAAGGAUGCGGGUAUGAGUUUCAAAUGCAAUAUGGGUCGAUUGGGUGGUCUGUCGGCGCGACUCUUGGUUAUGCACAAGCUAGGCCCGAGAAGAGGGUUAUAGCGUUCAUUGGAGACGGUAGCUUUCAGGUGACCGCACAAGAUGUUUCGACAAUGCUGCGUUGUGGCCAGAAGACCAUCAUUUUCCUGAUAAACAAUGGUGGUUACACAAUUGAAGUUGAGAUCCACGACGGACCUUACAAUGUCAUCAAGAACUGGAACUACACGGCACUCAUUGACGCAAUCCAUAACGGCGAGGGCAAGUGCUGGACGACCAAGGUAUUUUGUGAAGAGGAGCUGGUGGAAGCGAUCGAGACUGCAACGGGAGAGAAGGAGGAUUGUUUGUGCUUCAUCGAAGUGAUAGUGCACAAAGAUGAUACGAGCAAAGAGCUGCUUGAGUGGGGGUCUAGGGUCUCUGCGGCUAACAGCAGGCCUCCAAACCCUCAGUAGUAAAUUUUCACCACAAUAACAUGAGGGGGUGUGUUAAUUACUGGAGCACCUUACCAAGGCUCCCUCUUUCGUUUCUGAAGGUGUAUCAGUAUAACUACUGGAGCAUUAUUCUUCAACUUUAUCUCUGAAGUUUGUUACGUUUCCAAUGAAGCCUUUAAUAAAUUAUGGCAAGUUUAGUCUCAUGAAUAAUGAAUGGUAAGUAUGUUA